AUGGAGGAACCCACCAUGGAAACGGAGCCUCAUUCUGGGCCAGAGGGUGAAUUCCCACAUUCGCCAUGGGUGGAAAUAGGCACAUUUACUUCACCUCAGCACUCUCCUCCCAUGCCCGAAUAUAGUGGGUUUGACUACGGCCCAUCGCAGCUCAUGGCUGUGGACUCAUAUGGCAUGUCAAUUCCCCCGCCCUACGCCUCCAUGCCGCUACCCAUGCCUUCGCAUUCCUGGCCCAGCAUGCUCGCGACACACUCUCCGUUUGCUGCGUCUGGGUUACCUUGCGAAAGACGUCGACUGGAGGGUCUCACACCGCGCAGAACACUUACUGACGACGAUCGUCGGCAAAUGUGUAUAUAUCACGAGGAAAACAAGACUGCUAAGCAGACUGAUAUUGGAGCAUUGUUCGGAGUUGAGAGAAGCACUGUUUCCAAGGUCCUCCGCCAGAAGGAAAAGUACCUAAACCCCAAAGAUGGGAGUCGGUCUCCCAUCAAACGGCCCAAGGGUAGAGUCCCUGAUAUUGAGAAAGCUCUAUCCAACUGGGCACGGAACUAUCAGCGCCAAGGAUAUCCCCUGAGCGAUGAGAUGAUCAAAGAGAAAGCUCUGUUCUUCGCCAGCACUUGCGGCUGCCCUGAAGGCAAGGAAAAGGUCUGCACCGCAGCCUGGCUAGAAAAGUUCAAACACAAGAACAAUCUUCUCGGCGCAAAGCUCAAUACAGACUUUGGAUCUGCUCUUCAAAGUCCCACCGGACCCUCGCCCACAUCUCCCAUUGAUGGCUUCGGAUCUCCAUUGUCUCCAACGAGCCAAGAAGGAAUCAAGCGGGACAUGGCUGAACUACCGGAUCUGACAGGGGGAUACCAACACGGGUAUUCCAAGAGCACAACCUCACUCGACACUUCCUCGGCGGGUAUGGUCAGCCCAACAUCCACUUUAGUCUCCGACAGCCCUUUCACACCAACAAGCCAAUCCCGUCUCCCAGCCGCCAACAGCAACAACCGCCCGCGCAGCCAGACUUUCCCUUCCGUCCCCAUCGAUCCAACCCUCCUAUCAGCCGACCAAGCCACAGGCCCGCAUCCCCAAAAGCGCGAACUCCAGGAAUCUCUUUCGGUCUCCACCCUACAAUCCCCACUAGAAAUGGACGAUCCCAAGCCCGCCAUGUGCCCGGUCCACCAGACAAACGUCAUCAAGCGCAAUCGCAGCAACCCAGAGAUCACGACAAAGUCCAUGCCGCCGCCAUCAAAGUCUACUACGAUCUCGCCCAUCAGUUCUCCGGGAUCACCGACCCAGGACGAGGCUCGUCGCGCUCUGGAACUCGUCAUCAACUACUUUGACCAUCAACCCUCUGGCUUGGCUGCGCAGGAGUACAUGACAAUCGGGAAGCUCAUGGAGAGGCUUGAGCUUGCCAAGAGUCAGGCUGGGUUUCUGUUGGGUGGCUUGCCGCGCAUUGAUGAGCAUGAGGAUGUUCCCAUCCCACGUGUGACAAAGAAGAGGAGCAUCCACAACUUGGGAUGA